GCUUCAGUUCCAUCAAACAAACUCAACUAUUGUUACUUGGCUAAGGUUGGCUGGUUUAGAGCUGUGUGUAUUGUGUGAUGCAAUUAGCUAGAACAAGACUGUUUACAUGAAAUAGAUCCAUUUUACUUUUUACGACUUAAAUUUGCGAAUUUUUUUUCUCAAGAUUCUAAGCUUUAAACCGAAAUGAAAGAAUUAAAAAACAAAAAAAAAAAAACUUCUAGAAUUUGUUGCAUUGGGAAAUAGGGCAAGCUUGGGAUUUACCAAAGAGUGAGCUUCAAGAAACCGAGCCGCUAUAGCAGCAUAAAACCCCUUUUGGGAGAAUAUUUCAAACGGGCAGCAAGGAAUAACUGUUGAGCAAAGUAAUGAAUCCCACCUCCAGAUUCUUCAUCUUCACCAACUUUACAUACUUUUUAACUUUCAGUUCUUGAUAGGUACAAUACAGAAAUAUUGAAGAUUAUUGAAGGGAAUGAGGCCUCCCAACAAGUACCAUGAAUCCCUUUUGGUUCUAUACAUCACAGUCCCUCUAGCAAUUCUUGAAACCCAUAGCAAUAUUUCCAUCGCCAUCAAUAGACCUUCCUUCGAUUCUUCUUCAUUGGCAGAAACUGAGAGUUCUUCUUCUGCCUCAAAUGGGUCCUCUUCAAACGCUUUGGAAAUCAAUGGAACAGUUCAAUUGAAACAGGACAUAUCAAAGAAUAAUGAAUCUGAUGGGAAAAUUGAAGUGUUAUCAAGAGUUGUUAAGAGAUAUAGCAAGCUGCAAAAGGUUGAAGCAAGGUUGGCAAAAGCCAGGUCUUCCAUAAGAGAAGCUGCCCUUGUAAGGAAUUUGACUUCAACUCAUCAAGAUCCAGAUUAUGUGCUUCAAGGCCCAAUGUACAGAAACCCAAUUGCCUUCCACAGGAGUUACUUAGAGAUGGAGAAGCUUUUCAAGGUUUAUGUAUACGAGGAAGGGGAGCCACCAAUUUUCCACCAGGGUCCAUGCAGGAGCAUAUAUUCGACCGAAGGAAGGUUCAUUCAUGAAUUGGAGAAAGGCACAUCCUGCAGGACUAAAGACCCUGAUCAGGCACUUGUUUAUUUCCUCCCAUUUAGUGUUGUCAUGAUGGUAGAAGGGUUAAUAGGCGGUCCAUCCCCCUCCGGUCGGUCCAUUCUAGCCUUUUUUGCUGGCCGCCUACAUGGCCACAUUAGGUAUUUACUUCUAAAAGAAUGGAAAGGCAAAGAUGGGGAUGUCCAAGUCUAUGACCAACUUCCCAAUGGAGUAUCAUACUUAUCAAAGUUAAAGAACAGCAAGUUCUGUCUCUGCCCAAGCGGGUACGAGGUGGCAAGCCCCCGAAUCGUGGAGGCUAUCUACGCAGAAUGUGUUCCGGUAUUGAUUUCCGACAGCUACGUGCCACCUUUUAGUGAUGUCUUGAAUUGGAAGGCAUUCGCCGUGGAAGUUCCGGUUAAGGACAUACCUAAUAUUAAGAAGAUCCUGACGAGCAUACCUCAAAGGCAGUAUCUAAAAAUGCAAAGGAGAGUGAAGCAAGUGCAGAGACAUUUUGUGGUGAAUGGAACUCCAAAGAGAUUUGAUGUCUUCUACAUGACUCUCCAUUCAAUUUGGCUUAGGAGAUUAAAUAUCAAAAUUCACGACUUUGAUUCUCCUUGAUUAAGAGGUCAUAAGAUCUUUUUAUUUGUUUUUGGGUUACAAUAAGAGCAUCUGUCUCAG